CGAACUACCGCCUUUGCCCGGCCUUGACAGUCUGGUGCUGCAGUGGACCAAUCAGCGGCGAGCUGAGCUUCACACGAACAACAGUGCAGUUCGAGAUGGCGCCCAGCUCGAAAUCCGAAAAGAAGGAUGGCAAGCAGAAACCUCAGAGAAAACACAAGGACCAUAUUGUAAAGCUCCUCGUACGAGGGAAGAUUACUGGGCAGUUAUCUCAGCCUCUGUUUAGGCAGCUCCCACCUCGAGUGUGUGUCCCAUUAAAGAACAUUGUCAGCGAGGAGUUCCUCAGGGCAGGGCACAUUUUUCUCGGCUUCACCAAGUGCGGACGUUAUGUUCUGUCCUACACCAGGGACUGUGGAGAGGACGAUGAUUUCUCUUUCUACAACUACCAUCUCUAUUGGUGGGAGUUCAAUCUGCACAGCAGACUCAAACAGGUCCAAUAUGUGCGACUGUUUGCAGGCGAGGAAAUCUACAAUGACCUCUACCUCAUGGUGUGUGGGUGGCCAAAUGACCAAUCCAAAAUUGUCAUCUUCGGCUUUAACUCUCUCCUUAUGAACCUUAUGAGUGCUGAGAACUACAGAGAUAUCUACUUAACCAUCGUCUCCAUGCCUUCUCCUAAACCUUGCCCUGACUGCUGCAGACUACCCUCAACCAUGUCCAUACGCAACGGGAGUGGCGAGUGUUUGGAGCACGGCUAUGUCCUCAACAGCAGGUGCCAGGUGGUGUACCCGUUUCCCACUUUCCAACCUGCUUUCCAGCUGAAAAAGGACCAGGUCAUCCUGUUGAAUACUAGUUACUCUCUGGUGGCUUGCAGCAUCUCAGUCUGCCCAGGGAAACAAGGUGAAUUGUCCCAGAUUCUCUACACCAAGAGAGCACCUUUGUCCCAUCAGCCGUCCUCGUCUUCCUCCUCCACUAUCUCAGCCUCCUUACUGCCUCAGGGCUCUCCUGACAGCCGAUCACAACCGAGCAGGGUGGCCCCGCUUACCUCAUCUCCCAGCCAAUCGCAAGCGGUGCUGCGAGCCAGAGAGUUUGCAGCCGACCUCUUUCGACGGGCCCAUGGAGGAUUUUGUGUGGGUGACAAAGAAGCAGCGCGGAAACCAGGAGAGCCGCAAAUAAGCAUCCAGCACGAGGAACAGGAUUGUCAAAAGAGGACGCAGGAAGAAACACAAACUACUUUGCCACAAACAUCUGGACAUAGUUUGGUUCACUUAUCUGAACAUGUGAUGUCUCCUGCUGCGUCCUCAUCACCGUCAUCCCCUAUAGCGCCAUCCACAUCCCAGGAGGCAGAGCCUAGUGAGCCUGGUUAUGUCAACUAUUCCCGUCUGCACUAUUGCCACCAACAGCCUGGCUCCUUAGAGCAAAAUACAGGAGCUGCAGCAGGCUAUGAGGACGAUAAAGUACAACUGCCUUUCACGGUGACAGAUCUUAAAGGACGCAGCCUGCAGCUGGUCAGCGAGCCACACAAUGGACAGAGUGUGUGUGUGGAGCAGUUGACGCUGGACUUUGAGUAUCUUAUUAACGAGGUGAUCAGGAGAGAUGCUGCCUGGGCUCCUCGGUUCUGCUCUUUCAGCGACUACGAUGUGGUCAUCUUAGAGGUAUGUCCAGAGACCAACUUGGUCAUGAUUAGCAUCGGCCUGCUGCUACUUGCCUUCCCUCCGUCAGAACAGUGCAGGCCCAACACCUACCACUCCAACCUGCAUGUCAGUUGGGACCUUAACACAGGUGUGUGUUGCACUGUGGGAGUUGGUGACCUCGCAGAGAUCAAGGGUCAGACCACCGGGGGUGUGUGGAGCUCUUACAGGAAGUCCUGUGUGAACACGCUCAUGAAGUGGAUGGUGCCUGAGAGCGGCUCUCGCAGCAUCAACAGAAUGACCAACGAAGGAGUACACAGUGGAUCUUCUCGUCAGGUGUUAGCAGACAGUGACAGAUGCACUUGGAUCGUUUUGCGAUAACGUCACAAAAAACAGACAAGGAAAGGAAAUCUGAAGGGUGAGCACCAUCCUUAACUAAAAUGGACUAGAACUGCACUGUGAUCACACAAACAUCAAAACUGAACUGGAAGUUUGUACAUAAUUACAUUUGACACUUUUCGUUAUUUGUGUCAUGUUUUUUUUGUUGUAACGACAAUAAGCACGAGCUGGACUGAACAAAUUAUUAUUAGUUGGAUGUCUUUUUUAAUACGUGACUGUACUUGAAAUGUUUUGAUGUAAUAAUGCACCUGUUUAGAUUGUUAGCUCCAAGUGGUUGUCACUUUUGUGGUGGAACCAACAUUGUGUUGACUCAUAAAGAUGCAAUAUUUCUAAAAAAAGAAGUACUAAGUGAACCUGCGUGACUCAAUGUGUGUGAGCAUCAUAUGUCACUGGCAAAGAAUGAAGAAUGUUAAAAGAUAUUUUGCCAAAA